GUCCGCCGGCGUGCACCGCAUGCCACGUUGAUACUAAGUGUAGUGAAGGAUACGAUUCAGAAUGAUGAACUCCAUAAUUCUCGUCCUUUGCCUUGGAGCCGUAUUCUGCACUCCUGAAAGCGUUCGUAAUGACGACACGCAUGGAACCCAGGACGCUCAGGACAUGCAGGUUGCCCAUGCAGAGCAUACCGCCCCGCUAGAGAAGAGGUCCCCGCGGUACGACUUCGGCUUGGGGAAGCGGGCUUACAGCUACGUGUCUGAAUACAAACGGCUGCCAGUCUAUAACUUCGGAUUGGGGAAGAGAUCACGACUCUACUCGUUUGGUCUUGGCAAGCGCUCCGUGGAUGAAGAUCAGAGCAACGAAGAAUUCGUUUCCGACAUGGAUCAGGCCCAAGCUCCAGAGAUCUUUGAACAGUACGAAGACCCGGCAGUUUACGAGAUCAAGCGCGCCAGACCGUACAGUUUCGGUCUCGGGAAACGGCUCGCUGAAGAUGAGGAAAACGAAGAGAAACGCGCUCGCAUGUACGACUUCGGUCUGGGGAAAAGACCGCAACUCUACAGCUUCGGUCUGGGGAAGCGGGCCAGGAGUUACAACUUCGGUCUGGGGAAACGACUCAGCAAAUUCAACUUCGGUCUGGGGAAGAGAGAGCGCGAUAUGCACCGGUUCAGCUUCGGUCUCGGCAAACGAUCUGAUGUAAUGGAAAGCGACUACGAGGAAGUAUAAAUAAAACAUCAUUUUACUUACAGAUGAAGUUUACGUGAAUUAUUAAAAAUUAU